AUGCUUCCUCACCUCGAAUCAAUCCCUGUCGAUGUUCUGUCCCAGAUAGCUUUCUUCACUGUUGCUUCCGCGCCGCUCACUGGUCUUGGUGCUGUUCUCCAGCUACUUUUGUGUAGCCGCAACCUACAUGACGCCCUCUCUCUGAAAUCUUGCCCCCAGCUUUAUGCGCGGGUGUUUCGCAGUAGAUUCGACCUAGUUGCUCAUCUCCGUCGCAGCAAGCUACCAUCUCCAACGACUACGAACCUGGCAUUGGAGUUACAGCGCCGAUGUGCGGUGCUUCGACGUAUCCGGCAUCGCCAUGUUGCCGAUCACAGUAUCCUUCCCGACCUCUGGACAAUCUACCUAAUGCUGUUGGAGAGCGAUGGGAUGAACGAAUCUCAACUUCACUCUGCCGGCAUCGCGCAAUAUAUACGUAUGCUCUUGAAACGUUGCCUUGGCCAACAAGGGGCCCUCCGUGACGACACGGCUCGCGCAUUAGCUAUAUCUGUCGCAUGUUUGGUUUGGUCUCACAAGUUUAUUACCGAUAUGCCGCCGGAGGAACGCAGUCAGACGCUUUCGGAACUAAGACCUUUUGUCACAGGGUCGUCAAAUGUUCCUUCGCUUUAUGUGAACAGCGGGACAAGACGAUGCCCUUUAUCAUUAGACGGCUCGUACAGCCGAGGACCAGAAAUAAUGUCCGGCGCUUGUAUCGCAAAUAAUUGCCGGGCGCUCGUCUCCUCGAUCUACACUAGGGAAUACACGCUAACCACUCCCAGCCUUCUUUCCGCGUCAAUCUUUCUCACUUUUGCACUGAAGGAGGCGAUCGCUCUGCAAGUGCCCAAACACUUGCCGCAAACUCAGGCGGUUGCACGCCCCACGGAACAUGAUGGUCCUACUAUAGAAGACUUCUUUGCCAUCACAAGGAGAAGGACACCUCUUGUCGCUGAUUCGGGUCAUCAAAGCUCCUCCCGUGAGCCCUUUGCGGAUCGUGCGGGAAGGAAGAUGCGGGCAUCAAGAAGUCUCGCUCACGAUGAAGAGUUCUAUCGUAUUGCCCAUCGCCUGGGCUUGCCGGAUGACACUUGGGAACUUCGGUCGUGCAUUGGGUUGCUAAGUGGAACUUGGGAAGGUACAUAUAUAACUCGACUAAAACCUCCACAGACAUCACCAACAUCGUUUUGUCGAUGUCCUUCCCAGAAAUCGGAUCCCACGGUUUUGCCUGAUUUCGUGUCCAGACAUCCUAUCCAAUGCCGACUUGAGGAACACCUCUGCUUCACACCAUGCAUUCCAUUGCCCAGCGUUGCGCAGAAUGGUGAUUUCGGAGAGUCAGCGUUCAAACAUCUAUUCAUGAAUGAUUCAAAUGAAUUUUCGGACGCCACAGGAUCAUCAUCAAAACAUCGAUAUGAACUUUUUCGCCCAACUGAUUCUUCGGAAAACCACAGGGACCCACGGCAUGCCCUGGAUGUCGUGAUCACUGGUGAAACUCCACGCAGGCUGGAAGCCACCUGGGGUGCAUUUAUCUUCUUUGGAAGAAUCCGCUUAUCUGAUGGACUUGUCACUCUGACGAGAAAACCAAAAUACUCGGGUGACGAGGGACGUGGGACAUGGAUCUUUGAAGGUUAUAUCCACAAUAGACGCUCCUUUGUCGGACGCUGGAGAUCUUUUGGUGUAUCCGAACGUGAGAGCUUACGGGGCAUUUUUAGCCUGACCAAGGUGGAUGAUCCGCCUUCCCAUUACUGUAGACUGUAG